CGUUUAUAGAGCUUCGCUGUGCAUAUAGUCUAUAUCUAUCCGACUCUAUAGCUGGAAGGGAAAGUGUUGUUGGGGUGGGCUUCUAGGGUGACUAAUGAUUAGCCUUGUUAUUUUCAUCUCUUUUCUUUUGCCUUUUUUUAUUUGUUUUUAUGUUGAUCGACACCACGCAACGCUUUGGGAUUCAUUUUCUCGGCUGCUGCUGCUGCUGCUGCUUGAUCCCAAACUUGACUCUUGCGCGCAUUACGUCGAUACACGCUCCCGCGAAGUAGCCGAAGUUGGCGGCAAGCAAUGGUGCAUUCUCUGCAUGGCUCUCUUGGUUGCGCUGGGAACGGGCGUUGGCGUCGGCCUCCCAUUGGCCUUACGAUCCGGCUCGUCACUGCAAGAACGACUCAUUGCCGCCCAGAACAUCUUGGCUCAAGUGCCUCUCAUUGACGGCCACAACGACAUGCCGUGGAACAUCCGCAAAUUUGCCGGUGGUAAGCUCAACACGCUGAGGGCCCUAGAAACUGGCCUUCAACAUCAAGACCCGUGGUCCAAGAGUGCCUGGUCGCAUACGGAUCUUCCCAGGCUGCGAGAGGGACGCGUCGGAGCCCAGUUCUGGGCGGCUUACGUCCCUUGCGGUGCCCAGUAUUUGGACGCCGUCAAACAAACGCUGGAGCAGAUCGAUUUGAUCAAGCGAAUGGUUGAUCGAUAUUCGGACUAUCUUCGAUUAGCCGUCGAUGCCAAAGGCAUUGAGGAAUCACAUCAGGAAGGACGGAUAGCCAGUCUAUUGGGCGUCGAGGGUGGCCACUCUCUGGGCAACAGCCUCGGCGUUUUGCGCACUUACUACGACCUCGGCAUUCGUUACGUCACGCUCACCCAUACGUGCAAUACGCCGUGGGCAGACUGUUCCAUCGCCGAAGCCGAUCCUCAUCAUCCGCGUGAAGGAGGACUCACCCACUUUGGCAAGCUGGUGAUCAAAGAGAUGAACCGACUUGGUGUCAUAGUGGAUCUCUCUCACGCAUCUUCCGCUACCAUGCACCACGCACUGGACGCCAGCCGGGCGCCCGUCAUCUUUUCGCACUCGUCGACCCGUGCCCUCUGCAAUAUCACUCGCAACGUGCCGGACGAAGUUCUCAAAAGACUGGUGACCAACGGUGGAAUAGUGAUGGUGAGCUUCUUCAGCCUCUUCGUCAGUUGUAACAAGACAAGCACCAUCCCGGACGUCGUUGCUCACAUCAAUCACAUCCGGCGCGUCGCUGGAAUCGACCACGUCGGCAUCGGUGCCGGUUACGACGGCAUCAACACGACACCUCAAGGAUUGGAGGAUGUCUCCAAGUAUCCGUACCUCUUCGCCGAACUGUUGCAGGAUCCAACGUGGACGGAAGAGGAUUUGAGGAAACUAGCCGGAUUAAACUUUCUCCGAGUCUUUCGACAAGUUGAAAAGGUUCGUGAAGAUCUUCGACGAGCCAACGCCUUGGCCGACGAGACGUCCAUCACCAACGAAGAGCUGAAGGGGCAACUGCAGUGCAUUUAUCAGGAGCGCAGCGCUGUGCAGUCGGUCGUUACCUGAUGAGAGAGAGAAACCCCCCACCGCUGGAAUGUACACAUUAAAUACAAUUACCUAUUCACCAAACCAACAACUUUUUCUUCCCAACCAGUGUCUCUAUCGUCAUCCGCCCAAAAAUAUUUUCUUCCCUAGCCCACCCACAAUCUCCCACCCUCCCCACCUGAUCUGAUCUGAUAUUGAUGUACAUAUUUACAUGCGUUUCUUGGCGAGAUCCUGAUAUUUUUGACUCUGUUCGCUCCGUUGGCCUUUCGGUUUUACAGAUUUUUAUUUGAACCCGAGUUUGUCUGUUGCGUUGUUGUUGUUGUUGUUGCUGCUGUUGCUGCUGUGCUUUUUUCCCACACACGCGAAAGUGAUGGCCGAAAAUGGGUACAGUACACACAUACCGGCACGUGCAGCGAGAGUUGUGCAGCAGCAGUGAAAUAUGUUAUUCCCGAUUUCAAUUUUCUUUUACACGAUUCCCCUUCGCAAGCAAUCACGAUGGCGCCGAAUAUUGAAUCCCAACGUUUCACGAUUGGUUGUUAUUCCUUCGUGGCCCAUUUUUGUUUUUCUUGUAAUAAUAAUAUUCUAUUUUUCGUUAUAUCCUUCAUUGUCGACGCCCGUUUCUCCUGCCUACCGUGUAGGCGCGGACAAGUGUGAAAUCCAUUUGUAUUUGAUAACACUUUUGUUGACAUAAACGGUCCGAAAUUUCA